UGAACCAAGAUUGUCAUAUAGCAGAAAAUGGAAAGGAAAAUUUGCUAUAUUUUCCGUAGCUACUGGCCCGAGCCGAGUUACAGAGUUACCAGGGAAGCUGGUUUACUAUGAAAAAAAGAGAUCAAUAUUGAACAAUGAAAAGUUUGGGAUUUUUGGUGGAAAGUUCGUACCUGAGACGCUUAUAUCUUCUUUAACAAAGCUUGAUUACGAAUUCAACUCUGCUUUGCAUGAUCCUCAGUUUCAGAUGGAGCUCGAAGUGGCACUAAGGGACUACGUAGGCCGUGAAACUCCUUUAUACUUCGCUGAGAGACUAACAGAUCACUACAAGAGCAGAAAUAGGGGAAAAGGGCCAGACAUCUAUCUAAAAAGAGAAGAUUUGAACCAUGUUGGAGCACACAAGAUCAAUAACGCUAUUGCACAAACAAUGUUGGCUAAGCGCAUGGACUGUAAAAAUAUCAUAGCAGCCACCGGUGCUGGCCAGCAUGGCGUCGCGACGGCGGCUGCCUGUGCUAAACUCUCAUUGGAGUGUACUGUAUUCAUGGGAAGCUUAGAUAUGGAGAGACAACCUUCUAAUGUACUCUUGAUGAAGCAUCUUGGUGCAAAGGUGAAAUCUGUUAAAGGGAGUUUUAAAGAUGCAGUGUCAGAAGGCAUUAGAAGUUGGGUUAACAACUUGGAGACAAGCUAUUUCUUAGCAGGUGCAGCGAUAGGACCACACCCAUGUCCAACCAUGGUUCGUGAAUUCCAAUCAGUGAUUGGAAAAGAAACGAGGAAACAAGCCAUGGACAAAUGGGGUGGGAAACCAGAUGUGUUAGUGGCUUGUGUAGGUAGUGGCUCUAAUGCGUUGGGUCUAUUUCAUGAAUUUAUUGAAGAUGAAGAUGUGAGGCUAAUAGGAGUUGAAGCUGGUGGGGUAGGUCUUGAUACAGGAAAACACUCAGCAACUAUGGCUAGAGGUCAAGUUGGGGUGUAUCAUGGUGCAAUGAGCUAUCUGUUACAAGAUGAGGAAGGACAAAUUAUUGGACCUUACUCAAUAGGUGUGGGAUUAGAGUACCCCGGUGUUAGCCCAGAGCUUAGCUUUCUAAAGGACAUUGGGCGUGCAGAGUUUUCUAGUGUCAAAGAUGAACAAGCCUUGGAAGCAUAUAAACUGUUGUGCAGGCUAGAAGGGAUAUUCCCAGCCUUAGAAGCUUCACAUGCACUUGCAUUUCUUGACAGACUUUGCCCUACUCUAGCGGACGAUGAGAAGGUAGUUGUUAAUUUGAGCGGUCGCGGAGAUAAGGAUACUGCCACAGUCUUCAAUCAUACAACAAAAGAUGAAUGAAUUACAACAUUAAUGAACUAAUAUGUAUAUUGUAAAUUGUAUACAAACAAAGAGAUAUACAUAACUGUAAGUAGGAUCGCAAUUCAAAUUGUACCUAAAGAUAUCUCGAUAGGUUAUAGUGAGUCAGUGACAAUACUUUCAAAGGUGUUUCACAUACAUUGCUAUAUCCAUAAAGAUAUACUAGUAGUUAAUUUGAUAUAUAGUUUAGUGUAAACAUUGGACGAAAAUAAUAUUUUUUCAUGUAUUCAAAUA